AUGUCUCAGGCCAACUGGGAAGCUGAUAAAAUGCUGGAUGUUUACAUCCAUGAUUAUCUGGUGAAGAGGGACUUAAAGGCUUCUGCCCAGGCUUUUCAAGCUGAAGGGAAAGUGUCUUCUGAUCCUGUAGCUAUCGACGCCCCUGGAGGAUUUCUCUUUGAGUGGUGGUCUGUCUUCUGGGACAUAUUUAUUGCUAGGACAAAUGAGAAGCAUUCCGAGGUUGCAGCAUCUUACAUUGAGACUCAAUUGAUCAAAGCACGUGAGCAGCAGCAGCAGCAACAGCAACAACAACAGCAACAGGGUCAGCAACCACAACAUCAGCAGCAGCAGCAGCAGCAACAACAACAACAGCAAUUGCAUAUGCAACAGAUACUAUUACAGAGGCAUGCACAGCAGCAACAACAGCAACAACAGCAGCAGCAACAGCAGCAGCAGCAGCAACCACCACCACAACAGCAACAGCAGCCGACAACGUCCCAGCAACAGCAGCAGCAGCGAAGGGAUGGUGCUCAUCUCUUAAAUGGUAAUACAAAUGGGCUUGCAGGAAAUGACCCUAUCAUGCGCCAGAACCCUGGAACUGCUAAUGCUUUAGCCACAAAAAUGUAUGAAGAGAGACUGAAACUACCAAUGCAGAGGGACUCUUUGGAUGAUGCAGCAAUGAAGCAAAGGUUUGGUGAAAAUGUAAGCCAACUUAUGGAUCCAAACCAUGCUUCAAUCUUGAAAUCUGCUGCAGCAACAGGCCAAGCUUCAGGGCAAGUGUUGCAUGGAGCAGCUGGUGCAAUGUCUCCACAAUUACAGGCUCGGAGCCAGCAGCUUCCUGGAUCAUCUCCAGAUAUAAAGACUGAGAUCAAUCCAGUUCUGAACCCCAGAUCUGCUGGUUCAGAAGGAUCAUUGAUGGGAAUACCUGGUUCAAAUCAAGGUGGAAAUAAUUUGACUUUAAAAGGAUGGCCACUCACUGGAUUUGAUCCACUUCGCUCUGGACUUCUUCAGCAGCAAAAGCCUUUCAUACAGGCUCCUCAGCCCUUUCAUCAGCUUCAGAUGCUGACGCCUCAACAUCAGCAACAGCUUAUGCUUGCACAACAAAGUUUAACUUCACCAGCUGCAAGUGAGGAGACCAGAAAACUAAGAAUGCUAUUGAAUAACCGAAGUAUGAGUAUGGGAAAGGAUGGCCUUGCAAACUCUGUUGGUGAUGUUGUUCCCAAUGUAGGAUCACCUCUCCAAGCUGGUGGUCCUCUAAUGGGUCGUGGAGAUACUGAUAUGUUGAUUAAGUUAAAAAUGGCUCAAAUACAGCAGCAGCAGCAACAACAACAACAACAACAGCAGCAGCAACAAAAUAGUAAUCCGCAGCAGCAUUCUUUGUCGAACCAGCAAUCACAGAGUUCAAAUCACAAUCUUCAUCAACAAGAUAAGAUGGGUGGUGGUGGCAGUGUUACUGCAGAUGGUAGCCUUUCCAAUUCUUUCCGUGGAAAUGAGCAGGUUUCUAAAAGUCAGACUGGGAGGAAGAGAAAACAGCCAGUAUCAUCUUCUGGCCCGGCCAAUAGCUCUGGAACUGCAAACACGACUGGGCCAUCUCCAAGCUCAGCACCCUCAACACCUUCGACUCACACUCCUAACGACGUGAUGUCAAUGCCUGCUUUACCCCAUAGUAGUAGUUCUUCUCAGCCUCUGAUGAUGUUUGGUACUGAUGGUGCUGCCACAUUGACAUCACCAUCAAAUCAAUUGGCUGAUAUGGAUCGUUUUGUGGAGGAUGGAUCCCUUGAGGAUAACGUUGAUUCUUUUUUAUCCCAUGAUGAUGCUGAUCCAAGAGAUACAGGGCCUCGAAUGGAUGUCAGCCAAGGGUUCUCAUUUAAAGAAGUGAAUGCUACCAGGGCCAGCACGAGCAAAGUGAUAUGCUGUCACUUCUCAUCUGAUGGCAAGUUGCUUGCUAGCGGUGGUCAUGACAAAAAGGCUGUACUGUGGUACACUGACACUUUGAAGCCAAAAACUACCCUCGAAGAACAUUCAUCUUUGAUAACAGAUAUCCGUUUCAGUCCAAGCAUGCCACGUCUUGCAACUUCAUCCUUUGACAAAACUGUCAGGGUUUGGGAUGCUGACAAUCCUGGUUACACGUUACGAACAUUCACUGGCCAUUCUGCUUCUGUUAUGUCCCUUGACUUCCACCCAAAUAAAGACGACCUUAUAUGCUCAUGUGACGGGGAUGGUGAAAUACGUUAUUGGAGCAUUAUACAUGGUUGCCAAAGAGUGUUCAAGGGUGGCACUGCUCAGAUGAGAUUCCAACCCCGUACAGGGAGAUAUCUUGCUGCAGCUGCUGAGAAUGUGGUAUCUGUAUUGGACGUUGAAACCCAGGCUUGUCUACAUUCACUACAGGGACAUACUAAGCCAAUACAUACCGUGUGCUGGGAUCCCACGGGCGACUAUCUAGCAUCAGUUAGCGAAGACUCGGUCAAGGUAUGGAGACUCGGGUCAGGGAGCGAGGGAGAAUGUGUUCAUGAGUUGAGCUGCAGCGGCAACAAGUUCCACUCCGGUGUUUUCCAUCCCACCUACCCUUCGUUGCUAGUUAUCGGUUGUUACCAGUCGCUGGAGCUAUGGAACAUGACGGAGAACAAAACCAUGACUUUGGGAGCUCACGACGGGCUGAUUGCUGCGCUGGCAGUAACACCUGUGAAUGGUGGUUUAGUCGCGUCGGCCAGUCAUGACAAGUAUGUAAAACUAUGGAAGUGA